GUACUCUCCCCUCCCGCCCUAUGUUUCCGAGAUUUCAUUCGUCCCAUCGACUGAACGACUCUCCCCCCCCCCCGUGAUCAUGACUUCUGACGAACUGUCAUCGCCCCGGCGGCUGCAGAGGGUACGCCGUACUCUCUCCUCGGCAGCGGUGGGAAGUCUGCACCUCCUGGCGAGCGAUACGGAGUUCUCGCAGGGUAGCCGCUACGAAGAACACACGAGUCCCACACGGACGUCCUCCAGGAGCCAGACGGCUCGAUCUCGUUCGUCGGGAAGCCGGAGCACGGAAAUCACGAGCUCGUCGGAAGACGUCUUGGCGAGGACGUUGUCUCUGCCGUCAAUACCGGAGGGCGAAGGGAGCCACGGCACCGAUCACAGGAACCCGUUUGCCGACCCGCGCCUCCGGGUGCAACUCUCGAACGAACCUCGAAACCCGUUCGACGAUGCGUACUCCACAGAGCUGGCGGGACGGCCGGUGGAAGAGGCGCCGUCCUAUCACGUCUUCUCCAGGAGGCAGAAAUGGUUCGUCAUCGCCGUCAUUGGCGCUGCUGGUUUGUUCUCGGGGCUCUCUUCCAACAUUUACUUUCCGGCGCUGGACGUCAUCUCAACAGACCUUCAAGUGAGCCAUCAGAUGGUCUCCCUGACGAUCACGUCCUAUCUCGCCGUUCAAGGUGUCUCGCCCUUGAUCUGGGGGUCGAUAUCCGACGCUCUGGGCAGAAGGCCCAUCUACAUCGCGUCCUUCGCGGUGUACAUCGUCGCCAACAUCGGCCUCAGCUUCUCGCCAAACUUCGCCGUCCUCCUCAUCUUCAGGGGCUUGCAAGCAGCCGGGAGCGCUUCGACCGUCAGCAUAGGAAACGGCGUGAUCCAAGACAUCUCUCCCCCGGCGGAGAGGGGGACGUUUAUCAGCUUCUACCAGGCGAUCCGAAACUUCAGCAUCGCCAUCGGACCCGUGCUCGGCGGAGUGCUCGCGAACUUUCUCGGUUUCCGGUCCAUCUUCGUCUUCCUCCUGGCCCUCUCGUCCGCGGUCACGCUCGUCAUCGUUGUCUUCCUGCCCGAGACCAUGAGGGCCAUCGCCGGGAACGGAUCGCUCCGGCUGCAGGGCGUCUACAAGCCGCUGAUCCGGUAUCUGGGAAAGGAGCCGGACUACAUGGAGGAUCCCGAAGGGCCCGUCCGGCGAAAGGAAGUCACGCCAAUGACGUUCGUCGAGCCGCUGCGCCUGCUGGCCCAGAAGGACAUCCUCGUCAACCUCGUUUUCGGCGGCGUGGUGUACACCGUCUGGAGCAUGGUCACGUCAAGCACCACGGAUCUCUUCAAGAUGACAUUCCAUCUUAGCGAACUCCAGAUCGGUCUGGCCUUUUUGCCAAAUGGGUUCGGGACGAUCAUUGGCUCGGCCAUCGCUGGCAAGUUGAUGACGCGAGACUAUCUUUCCGUCGAGGAAACAUACAAAGCAUCCCACGACUCCGACGCCACCGAACGUUUCACGGGGGGCAACCUGCCCGCCGACUUCCCCAUAGAACGCGCCCGCCUGAAGCGACUGCCGUGGAUCGUCCUCAUCUUCGUCAUCACCACCGCGGCCUACGGCAUGUCUCUCAACUUCGCCUCCCUCACUUCGCGGCGCGGCUGGAUCGCCGUGCCUCUUGUUCUGCAGUUUUUCGUCGCCGCCACAAGCAACGCCGUCUUCUCGCUGAACCAGACCCUCAUCACCGAUCUGUGCCCCGGAAAGGGUGCCAGCGCCACCGCCGUCAACAACCUCGUCAGGUGCGGAAUGGGCGCCGUCGGCGUCGCGCUGGCGGAGAUGUUCAUCCAUAGUACGGGACCUGGAGCUACGUUCCUCGGCCUCGCCCUCACCACAGUUGCAGUGGGACCCCUGGCGGUUGUACAUUGGUACUGGGGCCAAAGCUGGCGGGCCAGCAGGAUGGAAGCGGCCGAGAGGGCGAGGACUGAGAAGGCACUCGGCAGCUAAGCCUGGAUGUAGGGGGGCUUCCGAGGAUAUCGCUUUCAGGGUUCGUUAGCUGAAUCUAGCCAUCAUGGUAGACACCCAGUUCUUCGACCACAGCAAGUCAAUCUACAGAAGAAUCCCACUGUGACAGACAACACAUCGUUCUGCGUAUGAAUGUAAAAGGCUUUAUUGCGUCGGUGGCUGUCGAAUGCCUGGCCUGAAGGUAUACGAGGACGACGGCAAGUUCUUCAUACUCCCGCGCAUCAUCUUUACGUCUCCUACGGUUUGUCGUAUGGGAUGGGGCUGGUGUUUAUUCGUGUAAUGCCAUUGGCUCUCGAGCUUCCCUCAUGCCUGGAAUAAUAAUCUCGCGCAGCAUUACUCGCACACAAUUAGCUUUCUCUAGGGGUCAGGAAACUUGAUGUUCAAAUACUAGAAGUGCAGAUA